UCAACAGUUAUCUUAUGAAAGUACUAAAAAAUAAUUAAAUUUAACCAAAUUUAAAACGUAUUUUCACUGCUAAGCAGUCGUAGUUUUUCCUUUAAAUUGUAUUUUUUUUUUACAAAUUAAACCUGUUCGGGAAGAAAUGCAUUUCCGGGAGCCGUUUUAAUGUGUUGUUAUGGCAACGAAAUCCACCUCCUCCUGUGUUGUAAACUGAAGUAAACGUAACGUUAGCUACAGCCCAGCUGCCAAUAGUUGAAUUCAGCAAAUUUUAAGGCACCUGUAAAUUAUACAGAUAUGGCCCAUUACAGAGCCUCAGAAUCGAAGCGAGAGCAAUUCAGAAGAUAUCUGGAAAAAUCUGGAGUUCUUGACGCUAUAACAAGCGUUUUAGUGACACUUUAUGAAGAGAAUGACAAACCUAACAAUGCACUGGAUUUCAUAAAGCUACACCUCGGUGCAGCUGCUCCAGAGCCAGCGGACGCUGUGGCUCUUCGCAUGGAGCUGGCUGACCUACAACAGAAAUGCAACCUGCUCAUGGAGGAGAACAAAGAGCUGAGGAACAGGGUGAGAUGCUGCUGAUGCAGUACGAACCGUCACCUGAAGAGGGAGCAGCAGAGUAGAACGGAGGGGUUUUGUCAUUGCUGACUCGGGUCAAAAGAGAAAAGUAGCCUUUUUGAAGAAUAUUUAAAUGUUUAUUACAUAAUAAUCAAUCACAAAAUCACUGUUAUUUUUGUUGUAACAAGAAGCUUUGUCAUAAAUACAUGUUUUUUCAGCAUUUGGCAUCAGUAAUUCACUUGAUGUCAUAAAUUCACAAUUGUUCCUGUUUCCAACCAAAGGCUUCAAAGAAUAUUUAAAUGUUUAUUACAUAAUAAUCAAUCACAAAAUCACUGCUAUUUUUGUUGUAACUAGAAGCAACUUUUCCUUUGUGAUAAAUACAUGUUUUUUCAGCAUUUGGCAUCAGUAAUUCACUUGAUGUCCUAAAUUCACAAUUGUUCCUGUUACCAACCAAAGGCUUCUGCUUACAUACACAGACAACAUUUUUAAUGGCCUUUAAUUUUUUCAAAGACAUUUUAAUUGAUAUCAACUGCAUAACUGAGUAAAAAGUUGUCAUACAAAAGCAAUAAUUCAGAGUUUGCUGCUCAAGUGCCUGGAGGGAAAUUAAAGUAUGAUAAAUGACACCAUAACAACAACAUUUUGGUCACCGUAACAACUCCAAGAUAUUUAGCACAUAUUUUCCAUUGUGACAGACAUUUAGAAUAUUUACGUUAAAUGUUCUUACUGAAGAUCUCUCAGACAUGUUAAAUGGGGGAUGAAUGAAUUCAGGCAGCGUCAGUGAUUUAAAAGUAUGUGGUUGCGUAACAGCAUGUGGUGACCUGAAACUGCAUUAUAGAUUUGUGGUUCAGUUUUCCAUUACCCUCUAAUCAUUCAGACAGAGCUGCUGCAUACACUCAAAUCAUUAAAUGUCUAUCUGAAUCUCUGUAACAGACCUGUUAAUGUACGGAAACAAAACAGUCCUUUGUGGUCCGACCACCACCUGUUAAAAUCUGAAGAAUGUGUUAGAUUGCAGAUUUAAAUAUGAUUGGAAAAAGUUCUUUGUAGAAGAAAAUAAAUUACCUGAGAGUUUGAGUUU